AUGGCUAUAGAUCCCUUUUUCACUAGUGCUCGUAAGAGAAAGCGUUCGAAUAACAAAAAAACACCAGCAACGGCAGCACAAAAACAAAAGAAAGUAAAUAAAAAAGAGGAUAGCGAUGUUGAAGGUGAUUCAGGUGAAGAGGAUCAGUUCAAUGCCAAUUUGUCGCAAAGUGAUGUUGACGUCUCAUCGGAGGAAGAAGAAAUUGAGGAAACUGCAGCUGAAAAACGUGUUAGAUUAGCCAAAGCUUAUUUGGGGUCGAUAGAAAAGUCUUUGGAGGACGAUGGUAUUGGUUUUGAUGCCGCUGACUUGGAUAAAGAUCUGAUUGCCGAGCGUUUAAAGAAAGAUGAUGAUGAAAGUGAAGGUCGACUGCAUAUGCGAAUCGCUGAUAGAGUAAGGCGCAAUAUCGAAAAAAUCAAGUCGAAUAUUUGUCGAGGACAUCAGUUACCCGUAACAGCAGUCGCUCUAGCAGAAAAUGGAACAAUAUUCUAUUCGGCUUCAAAGGAAGGUUCUAUCAUCAAAUGGGACGCAAAAACUUUCAAAAAACUACAUACAUUUCCUGGUGGAAGAAAGGGAGUGAAGAAUUUUGAUGGACAUACAGAUCAUAUUUUGUGCUUAGCUAUUAGCAAUGAUGGGAAAUAUUUGGCCAGUGGAGGAAAAGACAAAUGCAUCAAUAUCUGGUCUGUGACAGAAGAUAAACACAUAGCUAAAUUCACACAGCAUCGAGAUGCGGUUUCUGGCCUCGCUUUUCGUAAAACGUCAAACCAACUAUAUUCAGCAUCUCAUGAUCGUACAAUCAAAUUAUGGAAUAUCGACGAAAAAGCAUAUAUAGAAACCUUAUUUGGUCAUCAAGAUCAAAUCACAGGUAUUGAUACCCUUGUACGUGAACGCUGUCUUUCUGUAGGCGGUAGAGAUAAAACAGCGAGAUGGUGGAAAAUUGUUGAAGAGUCACAGUUAGUCUAUAGAGGCGGUAUUUCUUCAAAGAAUCCAGAGACAGGAGCCAUCCAAUAUGUGGAAGGAUCAUUAGAUUGUCUGGCACAAAUAGAUGAAAGUAUGUUUGUAACAGGUGGCGAUAGUGGAUUGAUCUCGUUAUGGGACAUUCAACGUAAAAAACCUGUAUUCUCUCUUCCAACAGCUCAUGGAUUGAACACAGUAGCUAGCGAGUCAGAAGGAGAUAUAAAUACACCUUAUUGGAUUACAGCUCUUGCAAGUCUAAAAUUCUCUGAUCUAUUUGUUUCCGGAUCAUGGGAUGGAUAUAUUCGACUCUAUAAGCUAGCACAGGAUAAUAGGAGCUUCAAAGAAAUUGGUAAGCUACCAGUAAAUGGCGUAGUCAAUGAUAUACAAAUCAAACAAUUGUUCCCUUCCAAACGUACAUUGAUUGUCGUGGCUGUGGGUCAAGAGCUGAAAUUGGGUCGCUGGAUUCGGUUGAAGAACGGCGUAAAGAAUUGUACGAAAAUUUUUGAGCUCGAAAUGACAUCUACAGGAGCAGUGUCAGCGACGGUAGUAGAUGGAAAUGGAGAUGAUAAAGGCGAAUCACAAUUUAGAAUUAUAUAA